GAUGUUUCUUCCUACUGCUUCGUCCUGUGGAUUCGCAUCGUGUUGGGCUCUUAGCUCCGUGCUCAAAAUGGCAGUCUAGCGGCUUGCAGCGGCAAAACUCGCAGCGGCAGAUCCUGCAGUGCAACGGCUAAUUGCACUGAUUCUAUUUGGCAAAAUGGCGUCCUUUGAGGCAACCACCCUCAGCUUUGCUGCCGUCGACAGCAUAAGAACCUUGCUCGACUUGUCAGAACUUCUGUUCUCUUUGACUCUGUCCCCAUCCCUGCCAAGCCACCAUGUCUCUGAGCUCACAGAUGUGCGUGGAGGACGUGGGGCCCCUGCUCUUGGGGCCCUCGACUCUGAUGGCUGACCCCUUCGGGCCCCUUCUGGACGAAGAUGAAGAGAGAGCUCUUUCCGAGGGGUCGUCUUCGCCCCUCUCCUUCUCUUCAUACUCUGAAUCUUACACCUCCUCCCCGUUCUCCCCCCUUUCAGCCCCUGCUUCUCUAGGAUGUAAAGUUGGGUCUGACCUGCUGCCGCUCUCCUGGCUGUCUGCUGAUGAGCAGAAUAAUGCUCACGUCGGGGCAGAUCAGAGAGAAGGGGAUGCGUUUUCUGGCAUGGACUGGAUGACGGAGAAGAUUGAUCUUAGCGACUUCGACCUGGACUCGCUCAUCGGGUCCUGUGAUUUAGAUGAGCCCCCUAGCUCACCAGAAGAGCUGCUUGCCUCCCUGGAGUCCCAAAUGGAUCUGGACCUGGCUCCGCUUCCGUUCCCCUCGUCAUCCACCUCUGAACCGGAAGAGCUUAGCCUGCCUUCUCUUCCCCUCGACCUCCCUCUCCCAGAGCCACCGGCGGACCCAGAGGUCCGUCCAGAGCCCGUUUCUGUUGAGAUCAAAUCUGAGCCACUCUCCCCUGCCUUCACUCUGGAGCUGGGCAGCGAAGUGGACAUCUCCGAGCUGGAGAAAGCUGUGUCCAAGGCCAGCAGCGACCAUCAGACCCCCAGCAUUGUUCUGUCCCUUUCUCCCGCCCACAUUGUGGUGGUUCUUGCUCCCAAAGAAGAGGUGAAUGUCGUGUCCAGCUCCUGCGCAGACCAGUCUGACAGCGGGAUUGAAUCAGUCUCUGGUUCCCCACCUCACAACCCAAGUCCCGCUCCAUCUCCCAAGCCUGCGGGUGCCUCUAGAACCAAGCCGUACUCCAAACCAGACCCAGAUGCAGGCCUGACCGUCGCUGGUAAAGUGAAGACUGUCUCUGGUACGUCAAAACCCGUCGACAAGAAGCUGAAGAAGAUGGAGCAGAAUAAGACGGCAGCAACCCGCUACCGGCAGAAGAAACGGGUAGAGCAGGAGUCCCUGAACACAGAGUGUUCUGACCUGGAGAGAAGGAACCGUGAGCUGACAGAGAAGGCUGACUCGAUAAGCCGAGAGAUCCAGUACCUGAAGGAUCUCAUUGAGGAAGUCCGGUCUGCCAAGAACCGCAAGAGCAAGGCCAAGGCUGACUCUCCCUGAGAUGACGGCAGAGGUGCUUUUAGUGAAGAUCAGCUCUAUCAAAGUAUAAAUAAAGGCACUGUAUCUCAGUUUCUCACCCCCUCACAAUUCGUAAACGCUCAAUAGUUAUAGUAUGUCAUUAUAACAUAAUUAACCAUAGCUUGCAGUUAAUGUGGAUUAGCACUAUAGCAAUGUAAAAGCUAACAUGCGCACAAUCAAACAAAAACAUGACCAGUGGAAAUGUCACCCCCCCACAUCUCUAAUCCUGUCACAUAUUUCACCUCUCUUAACAUUGUCCAGUAAGGGGCCUGAUACGUUUAUAAUGUAUUGUUACACUGAAUUCUGUGCUCAUGCAUGUAAAUAGCUUCAGCCACUCUUUAUCUCUAUUUAAAACUAUGGUAUGUUUGGUUUGCAGUUCUAGUAUGCCAUUGUCUCAAAUUUCUGUGCUGUUUUCUAUUAAAGCUUUGAAACUGAA